AUGCCGAGUUCUUUUUAAGAGAAGAAAGCUCUGGCUGACAUCUUUGGUUAAGUAAAAGAUGGAGAUACAAACAUCUUUGGUGUCAUAGUAGAAAUAUUUAGAAAGGAGAAAAUUGAAGAUUGCAUUGGAUAUCUUUCAGAAAAUGGAAAUUAAACAAAUUUGGAACCAUACAGUUUUCAACAAGUAAAGAAUUCGAAAAAAGUUGAUAAUGAAUAGUAAUUGGGUAAUGUUGGAAAUACCAUCAAAUUGCUAAAGUCUUAACAAAAAUAAUAGAUCACUUCAAUAAAAAAGGUCUUUGAAGAAAAGGAAGAAUCUAAAUAAAGCCUAAUUAAUAACAUUAAGUGUAAUAGAAAGAUCAUAGAAUUUCUGUAAUUUCUAGUUCACCUCACAUCAAUAGAUGACCCUUUAAUUUAAUGUGGGUCUAAUUCAUUACAUAACUUAGUUUAGAUGAAGGUUGGAAACAGUCCUUAGAGAAUAUCAGAAUAAAGAAUACUUCUGUAAUUCGAGGAAAUUUUGUAAGAUGUAACUUUAGUGGAUCUGAGUUUGCUAAUGUAGAUAUCAGCGGAGUGAAUUUGAAUGGUGCUUAACUAUUCAAUUGUAAAUGGAAAAACUUGAAAAUCCAUGAAUUGAAUAAAUUAGAUGGUCAUAGUGAUUUUAUCAACUCAGUUUGUUACUCUCCUGAUGGAAAUACAUUAGCUUCUGGUAGUGAUGAUAAGUCUAUCCGUCUAUGGGAUGUCAAAACAGGAUAAGAAGUUAAAUCCACUGAUAAAAAUUACAAAGAUUUACUUGCAUAAUUUAAAGCACCGCUAUUUUCAACUCAUCCUCUGCCAGGUUUUAUUUAAUUACUAUCAUUUAGAAUCCAACACUAUUCACUAUUACAAUUCUAAGAAUAUCUUAAACACCAUUAUUCCAAGCACAAGGAGCAUUCAUCUUGAAAGGAGAAUUUAUCAAUUAUGAGGGAUAUGAUCUAAGAUUAUUAUUCAAAUCCUUAGGAAGUUGCAUUUUAGAAGACUUUAAGUAAAAGAGAGCAUGAUUAUUCAUUUACAAUAUUAUAAUUAUCAUUACAAUAAAUUUCUAAUUAAUUUUUUUUAAUUUCUUUUAAUUAAGUUCGCUCUUCAUCUUCACUUCUUAGCUAGAUAAGGAAGUAUUUUUUUAAGUUUUUAUUACUUUUCAGUCAUUANAAAUUGAAGAUUGCAUUGGAUAUCUUUCAGAAAAUGGAAAUUAAACAAAUUUGGAACCAUACAGUUUUCAACAAGUAAAGAAUUCGAAAAAAGUUGAUAAUGAAUAGUAAUUGGGUAAUGUUGGAAAUACCAUCAAAUUGCUAAAGUCUUAACAAAAAUAAUAGAUCACUUCAAUAAAAAAGGUCUUUGAAGAAAAGGAAGAAUCUAAAUAAAGCCUAAUUAAUAACAUUAAGUGUAAUAGAAAGAUCAUAGAAUUUCUGUAAUUUCUAGUUCACCUCACAUCAAUAGAUGACCCUUUAAUUUAAUGUGGGUCUAAUUCAUUACAUAACUUAGUUUAGAUGAAGGUUGGAAACAGUCCUUAGAGAAUAUCAGAAUAAAGAAUACUUCUGUAAUUCGAGGAAAUUUUGUAAGAUGUAACUUUAGUGGAUCUGAGUUUGCUAAUGUAGAUAUCAGCGGAGUGAAUUUGAAUGGUGCUUAACUAUUCAAUUGUAAAUGGAAAAACUUGAAAAUCCAUGAAUUGAAUAAAUUAGAUGGUCAUAGUGAUUUUAUCAACUCAGUUUGUUACUCUCCUGAUGGAAAUACAUUAGCUUCUGGUAGUGAUGAUAAGUCUAUCCGUCUAUGGGAUGUCAAAACAGGAUAAGAAGUUAAAUCCACUGAUAAAAAUUACAAAGAUUUACUUGCAUAAUUUAAAGCACCGCUAUUUUCAACUCAUCCUCUGCCAGGUUUUAUUUAAUUACUAUCAUUUAGAAUCCAACACUAUUCACUAUUACAAUUCUAAGAAUAUCUUAAACACCAUUAUUCCAAGCACAAGGAGCAUUCAUCUUGAAAGGAGAAUUUAUCAAUUAUGA